GCUGCUGUGAAGAGUGAAGCAGCGAGCGGAGCAGCGAUCAGGACCUGCUGAGCGGCGCGCGGUGAGCACAAAGCCCCACGUGCUGCCCAGAUUAGAGGCGAGGUUACUUCAGUCCUCCUGCGGCUCCCUGUUCAUUAGUCAGGAGACUCAGCAGAGACAGAGAGGAGACACAGCAGAGACAGAGAGGAGACACAGCAGAGACAGAGAGGAGACUCAGCAGAGACAGAGAGGAGACACAGCAGAGACAGAGAGGAGACACAGCAGAGACACGCUGCAGUGUGAUGAGUCUGAUUUAGCUCCAACAGAGAAACCUGCCUUCACCUCUGUGCUGGAUGCGAUGUCCUGUCUGAAUCCUCGGGGCAGAGAGCUCGAGCGUUUUGAUGGACUGUCCCUCAUCUACUGGACACUAAUGGGUCCAUACGGAGUCGACCGUGCCGUGCAUUCUAUGGAAUUUACAGACUGUGAGAAUGGAUUAGGUAUUAAAGUGAUUGGAGGAGUGAAGGAGUUAACAGGAGAGGAGUUUGGAGUGUACGUGAAGAGGAUUUUACCCGGUGGCCUUGCCUCCAGUGAUGGACACCUGCAGCCAGGAGACCAGAUACUGGAGGUUAAUGGAGAAAGCUUGAUUGGAGUUACAAGUGAGAGAGCGGUGGACAUCCUCCGAGCAGCCUCGUCCACUAAUCACAUGCGACUCCUCAUAGCGAGGGAUGAAGAAGCUAGGAGAGAAUUUGCAGAACUCCUAGAAAAAUACGGUUCCAAUGGCAGCACGGGCUCUACGAGGAAUUCCCCCAUUCAGCAUGCAGGCAGAUAUUUGGACAGCACAUCCUCAGGGUCCUCGUCCAGAUCCCAGAGUCCACUUCUGCUGAGUCCAGCUGGGUCACAGAGCGCAUACAAUAACACAGGACCAUUACUGCGGUCACUCAGUCACCCAGGUGAAGGUGUUAUUCAGCUCAUCUCUGUCGCUCGCUGCUCCAGUCUGGGGAUCAGUAUCGGUGGUGGCUCCAACAAACCGGACGGUCCUGCAGUGUUUAUACAGGAGGUGUUAUCAGGAGGAGACUGUCACCGGGACGGACGGCUACGGCCUGGAGAUCAGCUCAUUGCCAUCAACAAAGAGUCUCUGAUCGGAGUGACGUAUGAAGAGGCCAAGAGCACCAUCAACAAAGUUAAAUUCAGUCAGGAUCCAGUGGUGGAGAUCGCCUUCAUCCCGGGAAAAGGCUCGUUCCCCUCCAGCGGGUCCUUACACAAUGGGGUGCAGCGGGCCGUGGGGAACGGGUUCAGCUCCAGCAGGUUAAAAGUUCACGUACGGUCUCCUGAGAUUCGAGCAGAUGAACCAGCGCCCUCGUCCUCUCCAGACGUCUGUCCACCAGACAUCCAAGUCUCAGCAGCCUCCAGCACUCAGAGGAGCUCCACGGUCCCCAAACCGAAGAUCACUCUGGACCCCCACAUCCGCCUCAGAUCAGAAAAGCUCGACCUGGCGCUGUCCUAUCUGGGGCUGGACGUGACGGAGGAGAAGAGGAGGCAGCUCAGAGAGAGUCUGUCUACAGACCCUCAGGGGACGGUGGCGUAUGGAGAUUUCGUGGAGGCGACGCGCAGCGUGUACCAUGAUAAGCUGGAGGAGGCGGGGCUAGCACAGGGACCCUUCAUGUUCUCCUAUCAUGAAGCAGCCAGUCUGAUGGACACCUCCGCCUUCCACUCACCUACGUAUGAGUCGGAGUGCAGCUCCAGCAGUGAGGAGAUGGAGCAGUUUCAGUCUGAGGUGAAGCAGCUCCAGCUGCAGAUGAAACAGCUCAAGGGUUUGCUGAAGGACACUGAGAACAGUAAGAAAACUCUAGAGGAGGAGCUUCAGAAGACCGCUGAGAAAGCCACAGUGACGGUGGAGGAGAAUAAGUCUCUCAAGACCCGGCUGCAGGUGGCCGAGGCUGUGCAGAGACAGACCAACAGCGCAGAGCAAGACUAUGAGGAGGUCAUCCAGCUUCUGGAGGCUGAGAUAAAAGACCUGAAGGACCAGCUUGCUGGCAAAAAACGCAGGAGCACAGAGGUCACUAAGGAAGAAAUGAUGGAGCUGAAUAAGAGGCUUUCUAUCAUCGACAGUCAGCUGAGACGGUCUGAAGUGUCCAGGAAACAUUUGGAACUCUCCAAUAAGAAGCUGCUAGGAUUUGCUCAGAAUGUCCAUAAAGUUCUCAGCACCACCAGUUUAUUGGGGACUGAAAACGGGAGCACCAGAUCGUCCCCAGCGACAGACAGCCCGGACACGCCGUCCCCCAUCCCAGACCAUGCGUACCAACUGGCUGCUGAGGCCAAAGAGCUACUGGAUGGAGUCUGUUCACUCUGUGUAGAGGAGCACACGCUGCCGCAGGUCUCUGAGGGGGGCAUGGCCGGCCAGGUGGUGGAGUGUGCUGUAGAAGUAAAUCACUGGCCACCCGGAGCUCCUGCUAAAGAGAAGCGCUGUCUGUAAGAGGAUCAGCUGGAACCCGGAGUGAGAGAGAACGUCCACUGCUGUGAACAACUCCCGCACAGAGAGAGAGCGAGAGAGAGAGACUGAAGCUUUCAGUUUGAUUUCUUUUCCUCCACAGACAGGAGUAAAGGUCCAGCGUUAGUAUGGCUCGAGAGCGAGGAGUGCUUUACUGAUUAAACCACUCAUUAGUGUGUUUUUAAUAAAAACAUUGUAUAUUUACGUAUUUAACUUACAGUAAUCAGUGUCCAGAAGCUCAGUCAGAAUGCAAAAGGCCACUUUACCAGCAGAGACUGAACGUUUAACUGUGCUUCAUCAGCAUCAACAAGCUGAGAGUUCAGCAGAUCAGCAGAUCCCCAAAUUACACAAGAAUUCCAUUCUGCAUAAUUAAGAUGUUCAGAUGUAAACAGAGCCGUUCAGAGCAGUUUGGUGUGAAACUCUCUUUUCUAGAUAAACUUACAGAGUCAGAACUGUUCACAGUGGU